UGGGUUUGCAGUGUGGGCACCCACCGAAAUAUAAAUCGGCACCAAUGACCACAACUGAGGGACACACCCUGUACUGUCUGUAAAGUACAGCCCCCCCCUAUAUAAAUAAACACCCAAGAGACGUGUUAGAUGCAGAGGCUCUUCCACUGGGGACCUUCAAUCUGAGAUUUUGCCAUGGGUGCCAUGAGACUCUGCUUCCUGCUCUUCUGCCUCUUCUUGGCGAGCGUCUCUUCUGUGAAAAAACUUAACAAUAUUGAUGACCUGAAAGACAUUACAUAUGCCAAGUCUGCUCCACGUCAUGGACUCCAGUUAUUGUUCUGGUUUGCUCAAAAAGUUCUGAAUGUUGAUCAGAACAACAUUCUCAUCCUUGAUUCAAAUUUUGAUCCACAUAGAGGCGACUUUGGAUUCCAUCAGUAUUUAAAUAAAGAGGGCAUUCUCCCCUCAUUGAGCUUUUUGCAGAGAUACUAUUCGGUUGGCAAUUUAAAAUCUCCUGGAUCCAAAGCAUUGCCGGCCUAUGUGCAGAGGUAUUACAGAAACACCAAUGUCCCACAAAGAAAUAUGGACAGGCUCAUUGUCUCGAUGGAACAAAAUAAGCCAAAAAGGAUACUCUCAGUGUUCAUUACAUCACAUAACCUUCACAAGAAUGACUUUAAUCCUUCUGACACUUAUGAGAUUGAUCCUGCACUGAUCUUGCAGAUCGGAGACCCUUAUAACUGCACUCUGGAUCAGAACAAUAAUUAUGGUAUUUACACAAUGACACGUAAUUCACAAGACACAGAAUAUGACAGAUACCGUCAGUUUUUGACAAAGACAGGAUAUAGCAGCACUGACUGUACACACAGUCAUUUCAGCCGAAAGAAACGCUCACCUUAUUUACAAUGUAAUACAUAUGAGGGAAUUAAACUAGAGUUAAAGGCAACUACAGAAGGAAACGCAAAACUCAUAUGGGAGAUACCUGCUGAAAUUAUGGAUAACUCUAAAUAUGUACACACUGAAAUUUGCCAAAAUACUUAUUCCAGUGAUACUAAUGACGUUUAUACAGAGGUCAGGAAACAGUUGACUAUUUAUGAAUCAUCUGGGGCUUUAGAUACUUCUGUCUCCCUGAAAGCUGGUCUCCAACCCCGACUGCGAUUGUACCCAUCGCUUUUUGAUUUUCAGUUCACUAAUCCCUACAUUUGGUAUGGACCAGAGUUUGAUGGAGCUAAUGGAAUGAUCCCCACUACAAUCAAGGGGUUUGAUGCUAGUCUGCAGCUCUACGCUGAAGAUGGCAAAGCCUGUGCUCGACUCUACAUCAAAAAAACCUUCAGUAACUGGAAGGAUGUUUUUUACCACUCAUGGGUUGGGUUUUACAAAAGUUCACAAGAUAAAAAUGAUGGCUAUUCCACAUAUCAGUAUGCUAAUAAGUUUGCAAAGACCGAAAACCAUUUCACACACAAUUAUGAUGUUUACCAGUACAAUUUCAAUUUGGCUAUUGCUCCUGGAGUUCAAAUCCGUUUUCUGCUGGAGAAAAAAUAUAACAAUGUUUUAGCACAAACUACACCCUGGGAGAGCGAUGAAGUAGUGACAAUAUUACCAUCAGUUUGUGGCACUCUGAAUCCUAGUCUUCAGCCUGAACGCUCAUUAAAUGGUCCAGAAUUCUUUUAUGGACCGGAGCUUGAUGAUGCUGGUCUGCAGCUCUUCGCCUGAAGACGGUAAAGCUUCUGCACGGCUUUAUAUCAAGAAGACCUUCACAGACUGGAAAGAUACUUUCUCCUACUCAUGGGUGGGGUUUUACAGUAGUUCACAAAAUAAAAAUGAUGAAUAUUACACAUAUAGCUAUGCUGUGAAGUUUGAAAUGAUGCAGGAUGAUAAUGAGAAUUAUUAUAUUUAUCAGUACAAAUCCAAACUGGACAUUGCGCCUGGAGUACAGAUCCGUUUCAUGAUAGACAAAAGUUCGGAUAAAGCAUCAGUGCAGACUGAGCCCUGGAAGAGUGGUGAAUGAAUCAGGUUACGACAAACCAUAUUGUCUGUUACGAUGUAUUUUUCUAUGCCAGUGCCAAAGAUGAAUUUCUGAUCAGGAAAUCUGAACAAACAAAGAAACAAAAAGCUUUAAAAUAUAGGAUAAUUUCAAACUAACAAUAAAAUUCAUCUUAACUUUGACUUUAGUGAGACUGUAUGUAUAUUAAAUUUGUAAUUGUUGUAUCUGCUGUAAUCUGAUGUCCUGAUAAGAAUGAUAAUUAACACAUUGUUCUAACAUAACAUGCACUGUUAAUCACAAAUAUCUCACAUCUUAAUUUGUUAUUAACACAUCUUGAAAAAAAUGUUUCAUGCAGUUGUUUUUUUAGCUUCUAUUAAAAUGCAUCUUAUGAAAGUGA